AUUCGGUUCAUUCAUACAGGGCGCCAUCAAAUUUACGUCAUAUAAUUUAAUAAUACUUAGUUUUCUCGGUAGAAUAAGUAUUACCGUACAUAUAUAUUUUUAACGUACAAUUUUCGGUAUAAUUAAAAUUUGGUAUCAUUACAUAAAUAAAAAAAAAUGAUAUGUAGCAUUUCUGAUAAUUGUUUUCUGAAGUUAGAACCUUAUCGUUGUGGGAUGUUUUCUAAAAAACUUUGAGCCAGAGGGGAGCACUUGGCAUUGUUAUUUUUAACCGAAUGUUUGUGGCUCGAGGUCCUCUUGUGAAGGUAUCGUUUUGACUGAACGUUCCUCAUUACAGUCUUUGCAUUAUAAUUUGUAGACCGCAUCCGUUACCUAGUUUCAACUACUGGUCUAAUUUUUGUGAAGCAUUGAUUGCUGACGUUACUGUACUUAUGAACGACUCUAAUGUUAGACGAUAAUUCAGACCGAUGCGUUCUAAUUAAAAAACGAAUUAAAUUAUAUGAUGUAAAUUGUCGAACACUCCGUAUAUACGAAACGUUCGUGACACAAAAUUAUCUGUCAAUAAUUUGCAAAUAACUUCUUUUCGUUCCCACAGCACCUGUUUUUUUUUGUGGCAUUAUUUUACUUUUACCAUUAUUUCGUUUUGUAAGCGAAAUUAUUCGCAGUUUUCUAAUUUGACAAGUAGUAUUGUGCAAAUUAAACUGGCAGUGUGAUCAUAAAUAAUAAUAAUAUCAACAAAAAAAAUAUAAAUAAAUGAAAUUUGCCACUCAUAACUGAUUAUUCCUACACCUUUCGGUAAUCUUGUUAUGGAAUGAGUCAACUAAACUUAGUUCAUUGGACAUCGGAGUUAACACGGGGAAAAACAUUGUUACGACGAAUGGCGGAUUUCAGUUGGUUAGUUUUGGCAGUUUCGGUGGUAAGGUGGAAGCCUUAAACUGUAUGCCCUAGAUUGUUUGUAUAAUUAUCAUUAUAAUAAUUGUCCAUUAUAAAGUUAUGGACAAUGCAAUGUAAUCCAGAGAAGAAUCUUUAAUAUUUUUCGCAGACAGAGAUGGUCCAUUUGGAAUCCAACCAUCUUUAGAGGCAUCAUGCAAAAUAGUUAUUCUUUUACCUCUUUUUGAUAUCAGUUGAGUCAACCCAACCCUUUUCCGAGGUAUCAUAAAUGUCGAACCAGGUUUCCUCCAAGUAAAUAAUUGGCCUUUGUUGUUCUCUGUAAAUCAUAAUUUUUUCUAGAUAUCCCAGUCGCCAUUUCCGAAUUCUAAAAGAUUCCAUUAAAACUUGCCUUUCGUCAAUUUUUUUAAAUGUAAAACCCGUGUGUUGAAUACACUUCUAACUAACCAAAGAAUAUUAAACACAGGUAGGUAUAAAAUUGUUUUCUAUUACGGGCCACAAUUUUACCUGAAUUUAAAUUCCGAGACUAAUAAUAAUAGUAAUAAUCUUGUUGCAUUGCAUGCUAAUGACCACCCUUGGAUAAUCCCAUUCAAUUUGUUCAAUCACCUACUUUCCCUAAAGCUAUAUGCAUUAAAUGGUAAAUUAAAUAAAAUGGUUCAAUUAAAAAUGGCGGUGUUUCGGUAGGCCCUUUUUUAACUUUACGACCUGGCUUCCUAAAGUACCUUUGUGACACCAGAUUUGACUAGGUUAAUAUUCGAACACGUGGCCAACCGAUACUGCGCAGUAGGCUUCGGCCCGUCGUACGUCAAAAUAUAAUUUGACGGGGGCGCAAUGUUUUCGGCGGUGUUGAGGACGGCUUUGGGGACACGGCUUCGGGGAUCUCUGCAAGCUUUCCGUAUUCCGGCAGCCCGAAUCUCUGAGUACGAUCGUAUGAUAAUCGGCAACCGGGAGGUCGUGGGUUUCGGUUCCAACGGGCAGCCGAGGUACAUGGACAACUCGACGUUCCCUUUUCCGGCCGUCAGAUGGAAAGAACCCACCGCGGAGAUCCGCGCUUUACGCGAGAAAGAGAAAGGCGACUGGAAGAACCUCACUAAAGACGAAAAGAAACAGCUCUACCGGGCUUCGUUUCGUCAAACGUUCACGGAAAUGCACGCGCCGACAGGGGAGUGGAAAACCUCUUGGGCCAUAGCCCUAGUGCUGAUAUCGGUAUCGCUUUGGCUAUCUUAUUUUCUGAGAACCGUAGUGUCCCGUCAAGUGGGGAUGCCAGAGAGCUUUAGCAAGGAAAGCCGCGAGCUACAGUUCAGGAGGAUGCUCGACCUGCAAGUGAACCCAAUCACGGGCCUGUCGUCGAAGUGGGACUACGAGCGGGACACCUGGAAGUCAAGCAAAUGAAGUUUCUUUUUUCCCUUAUGCUUGAAAUAAUUUGUUUUGAAUGAUUGAAUAAAUAGAUCUAUUUAUUAUUUAUCUAUUUUUAUAAAAACAAUAAUAGAAUAAAAUAUUUAUUGCAUAAACAAAAUUAGAGUAAAUCAAAAAACAAAAUAUUUACAUGACAGGACCAUUGCAAAAGCGUCAUUUUACCACGUGACUUUCUUGUCCCAGGGUAGAAAAAGUUCCUUUCUGUGCUGCU